GUCAUCCCUGGUAAUCAUCCGUGGAGUUUAAAUCCCAAACCGCAGGUGCGCCUGCUCUCCCCUCUCCCUUGACCUCAGAAAAAAACACGGUGAUCGUUCGCUCCACCGUUUGCUCGCGUGCCACACCGAACCUGCGCGCUGUGCUUCGGUGACGUCGCUCCAUUGGAGCCUGUGGUUGGAGCGCGAGUUAUUUUCACGUAUCUACUGGGAGAGAGAGGAGAGCGAGCGCACGGCGGUGCCAGCCAUGGUCAGCGCUUUGAGAGAACACUGAAAUCAACCGGGAGGGACAACAUCCUAGACAUGGAAUGCGACUGUGCAACAUUGUGUCUUUCCUGGCUGUCUGACAUUAUUUUUCUGCUCAACCAUUGAAAAGGAGGAGGUUUGUCGUUUACGUAUUGGAUUCCAGAGGACUGGGAACACCCCGGUCUCUAUUUCUCUUUCCGUUUCUCCCCCUCGGGUUGAAAAGUCACCAGAGUGGAAGGAUAUUUCGCUUUAUUGGAAUUAUAGCUGCUCUGAAGAUGAUAUCCGGUGUUUUCUGGGAACAUUGUCUUGGAUGAGAACCUGUGAGCAUCAUGAGUACCAAUGCCUAUCAGCAGGGCUCUUUGGGCAGUGAGCGGAGCUCUGGACCUAUCCGGUGCCAGCGUUGUCGGGAGGUGUGUAAGGGAGAGGUGGUGCGCGUUCAGGACACACACUUCCACGUCAAGUGUUUCACCUGCACAGUGUGUGGGUGUGGCCUGGCUAGAUCUGGGUUCUAUCAGAAGAGUGGUGAGUACAUCUGUACGUCAGACUACCAACGUCUGUAUGGGACGCGCUGUGAUCGCUGUGACGGAUUCAUCACCGGGGAGGUGGUCUCUGCUCUGGGGAGGACCUACCACCCUACCUGCUUCGUCUGCAGUGUCUGCAGGAAGCCGUUCCCUAUCGGAGACAGAGUGACGUUUAGUGGGAAGGACUGUGUGUGUCAACAGUGUUCUCACACACUCGUCACCUCCAACGAACCAAUCAAGAUCCAUGGACCCAGCCACUGUUCAGGGUGUGGAGAGGAUAUAAAACAGGGACAGUCUCUGCUGGCAUUGGAGAAACAGUGGCAUGUCAGCUGCUUCAAGUGUCAAACCUGCAACAUGGUCCUCACUGGGGAAUACAUCAGCAAGGACAACGUGCCGUACUGUGAGUCUGACUACCACGCCCAGUUUGGGGUUAAGUGUGAGACGUGCAGCAGAUACAUCAGUGGACGGGUACUGGAGGCAGGGGGGAAGCACUACCACCCUACCUGUGCCCGCUGUGCCCGAUGUCACAUGAUGUUCACAGAGGGAGAAGAAAUGUACCUGCAUGGUGGUGAAGUGUGGCAUCCUUUGUGUAAGCAGGCGGCCAGAGCAGAGAGAAGACUCAGGCACAGACGUCUGUCCGAGACAUCCAUCUCUCCACCGGGUUCGUCUAUUGGCUCUCCCAGCCGCGUCAUCUGCGCCAGGGUGGAGAAUGAGAUACUAGACUAUAAGGACUUGGCUGCACUGCCUAAGGUCAAGGCCAUAUACGAGGUCCAGCCACCUGACCUCAUAUCAUCCUACCAGUCCCAGCAUCAUCCUACCAUAUCAUCCUACCAGCCCUACCCCAGAUACUCCUCAGAUGACAUAGAGACCUUCAGCUAUGGAGAGUCACCUGGGACUCUCUGUUCUCAGAAGCUGUAUUACAAUAUAGACAAGAGACAGAGACAGUGUUCCAGCCCUGCCUACAUGGACGGCUCUCCCUCCUUCAGCCGCCAAGCCAUGUCUCCCAUCACGCCUCGCUCACCGCAGCACUAUGGACACCCUGUGCUGGCUGCAGGCUCUGAGAGUGGCAGGAGCUCACCCUAUUACGGCUCGCUGGAGGGGCGGCCUAGUACUCCUACCACAUACCACGCCCCCAAGCAUUUCCAUGUACCAGCCUCAGGUGAACCCAACAUCUACAGCAAACCUCCCAUCUAUAAGAGAACGGCCACCAAAAGCAGGACCAGCGAAGAUCUAAUCACAUCCUCCAGACUGUCUACCUACUCUCCAGAACCCUACACACAGUCAGAGUCUGACAACUACCCCUAUCCCAGAUCCCCUAAAGCUCUCCGUGCUCCUAGGAGAAGGUAUUCUACAGGAGGAGAUGAAGAGAACUGGAGUCACAGCAGUCUUCAAAGAAUCCAGAGUGGUAUAGGGAGGAUGAUCCUAAAGGAGGAGAUGAAAGCUAGAUCUGGUUGCUAUGACAACGACCCUUGGGGCAGCGCCCGGAAUUCCCGCAGCGGCAGCAAGGAGGCUCUCACCACUACUAGCUACAACAGCACCGGCUACAACAACACUGUCAAUGGCUCUCCUCCAUCCCAUUACAGCUUAGACAGUGACUCGUACAAGUCAGCCUCUCUACCAGGAUACAGGCGGAACGGUGUCAACAGGCCCCAGAGUGCAGCCGCAGACUACUACGAACAGUAUGACAGCAGCAGUGAAGUCAACUGGGGAACCAGAGAAUACAAGGUGUACCCGUAUGAAGUACUGAUCGUGACCACCAGGGGGAGACACAGACUGCCUAAAGACGUAGACAGAGCCAGACUAGAGCGUCAUCUGAGUCCCGAGGAGUUCCUACAGGUGUUUGGGAUGAACUUGACAGAGUUUGACCGGCUGGCUCUCUGGAAGAGAAAUGAAAUGAAGAAACAGGCCCGACUCUUCUAACCAUGGAGAGAGAGAAAAUUAGAAAAGAGAGAGAGAGAGAGAGAGAAACUGUUAAUGACAACAGAGACAGAGAGCGAUGGCGUGAGAGAGGUCGUACAUCAGAAUGAGAGAGUUGCGACAGACAGACAGACAGACAGACAGACAGACAGACAGACAGACAGACAGACAGACAGACAGACAGGGGGAAUGUGUAAUUUCACUGCCACAGACUGAACUAAACCCUCCCCACCACUGCCCAGGGUCAAAAGAGAGAGAGACAGAGGGAGAGACACAAAGGUCAGGAGACUUUUGGCUUUGCCUUACUAUUGUGGAUGAUUUUAUACAUUAUGAGUGUGCAGCACCAGCAAACUAAGUGACUAGAAUGUAGAUAUCAUUUGCACCACUUUAUCAGAAUGAAUGAAUGAAUUAAUUAAUGGAUGGACGAAUAAACACACAAUGCUUAUGUUUUUUAAAUGGAUGCUCAUUGAUGAUCAUUUCUCCUUCUACUUUACUACUUGUAUCUUGUGGUUAACAGUGAUACUGGCAGCAUGCCCAUCUUUUAAUGACAUCAUACCUAUAUUUGAAUGACAUCAUACCUGUAUUCCAAUGACAUCAUGAAAUGAUUUUUCUGAGAAUGAAAACAUUGCUUCACAUUGUGAAUGUGUACGGUACAAAAUAAGGAUUUUUGCUCCAUCAGAUAUGAUAACUAUUCACACAACGACAGGCUACAGACUGGAUGUAUUCACUGUCAGGAAAACGAACACAUGCUAGACGUACCUGCUGUAGCGUUGUGAUAGAGGGAACACUAUUGCUUACACACGGGGAUAAUGUCCGUCUUUAGUUGAACUACGAAUACGUAUUCCUCUUGGAACAUUUGCAUGAACAAACAUUAAAUACAGUUUGUAUUGCGGACAUGAAAUGAGAAGUGUGCAGCUUGGUUAACAUACAGUUGUAGGCUACAGUUGUUUGCAGUUAUGAAGACGUACCCAGAGUCACAACACGUAGGUUGCAGAUGAACAUUCAUAACACAAUAUUCAGACGGUUGGUUCCUUUGAGACGUAUUGAUCCUACUCCUGGGCUGAAAACGUGUUCAGUACAGGGAUGCAUUCUUAGUCCGGGUCUUAUUUGAUCAAAUGUAUAAUUCGUUUUAAUUUGAAACUACAAAACAUACUGUAACUAUAUCCUUUUCAUAGCUAUUUACAGUUACAUCAUGUAUCAUUUAUUCCAAUAAAAUGAUGUUUUCAUGUGUA